AUGGAGAGAUUAUACAUCGUAAUUAUAUUGGCUUUCUUUAUGAUUAUUCCAAUUUGGUUCAUAGGGUACAGUAUCAGACGCUGUAUAAGGCACUGACAUGAUGGUAUCGACCGAACUCAGACCAUUACAAAGAAUUUAGUGAUUAAAUAUAUUUGCAAUAUAUCCUCAGCAAUUUUUAACCUUAUUCAUGUAUUCUAUAUAGUGCCUUGUGAUAUUUAUGAAAUUGACGAAAAAACUGCCAGGAUUAUUUUCUUUACCUGCUUAGGGAUUUCAUGGCUUUUUAGUUUAUACUUACUCCUUUAUUUUUUUAUAAAAAUUAUUGGCGUUGCUAAUAUAAUAAAAAAAAAAAAAAUUAUGAAAAAAUAGAGAAAGGCUAGUAAAUUUUGAGCAUCGGCGUAGAUUACUUACGACUUGGUAUGGACUCAGAAGUUUUUGGCCGAUAAAUAUGCUUUUACAGAUGUGCUUUACGAUUUUCAUCCUGCUUGACCCAAGAGAAAACAGUGAAAUGCUGCAAGAAUGAAAAAUAGCAAGCUUCGUAAUGGGUUGAUGUGCCUCAACAAUAUUAUCGCUGUACUCGUUUUUCAAGCCAAAUGAAUUUACAGUUAUUUACCUAGAGCCUUUGCUAUUUCAAACUCAUAACAAUAAUAUUGCAGGUAGGCAAAACUCUAAAAGGCGGUCAGUAAUAGCACUUGAAGAGCUUGAAACAAAGCUUAUUACGACGUCAAUCAAAGAAUGCAAAGUAAAAACAGAAAAAAAUCGUCAAGUUGUGUAUUAUCAUAUUAUUGUUACAGUAGGAAACGACACCCAUACAGUAAGAAAGACAUACCCUGACUUUGAAUGUUUACACAACAGCUUACGAGAAAAAUUCCCUAAAACUGAAUACCCGAACUUAGAAUUCCCAAAAUUCCCUAUGACAAUGAGUGGGUCUGCUAAAAUUGAUGAAAGAAAGCAUGCACUCGAUGAAUAUUUAGGAAAUUUAUGUUUCCCUGAAUUUAUGAUAGAUGAUUUUUUGAAUUUUUUACAUAUAGAAGGCCAGGGAAGAACAACCUGCAUAGAAGCUCACAAAAAAAUAAUGGGUGAAGAAAGAAGACCAAGCAUUAUAAGCGACACUAUUGCAAGUAACCAUGGAUCUUUUGCUGCUUAUUAUUUUAGUCCUCGAGAUUUUUUAAAAGAUGAUGCAGAACAGCGAAAAUUAAAUAAUUAUCAGCUGCAAUCAUAUAUUAAUUUAAGAAUCGUCAAAUGGGUUGAAGAAAAAGAACAUAUAGAGUAUAUUAUUCAGUGGAAAGCUGUUAAACUUGCAGGGGAAGGAGUUGUUAUGAAAAGGUAUAGCGAAAUUUGGGAUCUUCAUAGAAGGCUUAGAAAAAUAUUAGCCCCUGCGGGGCUUCCAAGUUUCCCUAAAAAGAACUAUAUGCAGACUCUCCGAAAAAAAGACAAUGAAGCGAUUGAUAUUAGGAAGAUAGAGCUAGAAAACUAUUUAGGGCACAUAUUAAAUGAUCCUGCAUAUAUUUGCCAAGAACUCUUGGAUUUCAUUGAGUGUAAACUUACUAUUGAAUCCCUAUGAAAAUGCAAUAAUACGGAGUGAUCAUAUUUAUUGUAUACGCCCAUAUCAUGGGAUAAUGAACUUGAUAAGGAUUCUCAUUUUAUAAUAUAUACUCUUAAAUUCGGGAAAUUUGAGAAAUCUAAAAAAAUUGACGAAUGGACAGUAAAAAGGAGGUAUAAAGACUUUGACCAGCUUAAUAAUUUCUUAAUCAAACGCUCCUCAAGUCCUAUGCUUAACAACUAUUUAAACGUCAGAAAUAACUGGAAACUUAUAAAGCAAACUGAAUCUACUUUUCCAGUACUUCCAGGAAAAUCGUUAACACCUCUGAGUUCUCCAAAAGAAAUCGAUAAUCGCAGACAGGGGCUUGAAGCAUUUUUAGAAGGUUUACUUACAAUCCCUUCAGUUAUUGACGCUUUUGAGUUUAAAUCAUUUAUAAAUGAUUGUGAAGGAUAA